UCUCAGAACCAGGAAGUAACAUAUCAGGCAGGCACAAGUAGUACUAUCCAGCAGUGACAGUGAUAUGGACCCUACGUGCGUGUUGCUGCUGUUAGGGGGCUGCCUGCUGCUCUAUAUCCUGGUGCAGCUCGUUAGGUUUAUUAGGGCGGACGCUGAUCUCACCCUGCUGUGGACAGAGCGCUUCGGUCGGGCGCCAGAGCACGAGUUUGCUGGGAAGGUUGUCUGGGUGACCGGUGCUUCCAGUGGGAUUGGAGAGGAGUUAUGUUAUCAGCUCGCCAGGCUGGGUGCCCCCCUUGUCCUCUCCGCCAGAAGAGAAGGUGAACUGCAGAGGGUGAAGCAGACAUGUCUGGAAAAGAGCCAUUUGGAAGAGAAAGAUAUUUUUAUCGUUCCCCUGGAUCUGUCCAAUACAGACUCUCACAAAGCAGCAACAGACAAAGUCCUGCAGCACUUCGGGAGAAUUGAUAUUUUGAUUAAUAACAGUGGCCGGUCACAGAGGUCACUCUUUGUGGAUACAAACUUGGAAGUUUUUCGUUCCCUGAUGGAUCUCAAUUUUGUGGGGACUAUUUCUAUAACGAAGCACGUCCUGCAACACAUGAUAGAGAGGAAGAGAGGGAAGAUUGUAACGAUAAGCAGCGUCACAGGGAUUAUAGGCGCACCUCUGUCGUCUGGGUAUGCUGCCAGCAAGCACGCCCUACAGGGAGUUUUCAAUAGUCUCAGAGUGGAAAUGGCAGCCUAUCCAGAUAUAACCAUCACAAAUAUAUGCCCUGGACCUGUGCAAUCAAAUAUUGUGGAAAAUGCCUUUACUGAAGAUGCAGAUAAGGUAUUCGCAGUUAAAGCAGAUCAAUCAUAUAAAAUGCCAACUGAACGAUGCGCACGGCUUAUUUUAGUUACAACUGCAAAUGAUCUGAAGGAAUCCUGGAUUUCAGACCAGCCAUAUUUGAUGAUAUGUUACCUUUGGCAAUACGCACCUACAUGGGCAUGGUGGCUUACUGGAAAAAUAGGCCAGAAAAGAAUAGAAAACUUCAAGAGUGGAGUGGAUGCCGAUUCUUCAUAUUUCGGAAAAAAGAAAUCCUAGCAGAGUGAAAAAGAAUUUAAAGGGACAGUCUACACCAGAAUUUGUAUUGUUUUAAAAGAUAGAUAAUCCCUUUAUUACCCAUUCUCCAGUUUUGCAUAACUAACCCUGUUAUAUUAAUAUACUUUUUACCUCUGUGAUUACCUUGUAUCUAAGCCUCUGCAGACUGCUGCUUAUCUCAGUUAUAUUAAGACACUUUUUACCUCUGUGAUUACCUUGUAUCUAAGCCUCUGCAGACUGCCCCUUAUCUCAGUUAUAUUAAUAUACUUUUUACCUCUGUUUUUACCUUGUAUCUAAGCCUCUGCAGACUGUCCCUUAUCUCAGUUAUAUUAAUAUACUUUUUACCUAUGUGAUCACCCUGUAUCUAACCCUCUGCAGACUGCCCCUUAUCUCAGUUAUAUUAAUAUACUUUUUACCUCUGUGAUCACUCUGUAUCUAAGCCUCUGCAGACUGCUCCUUAUCUCAGUUAUAUUAAUAUACUUUUUACCUCUGUGAUCACCAUGUAUCUAAGCCUCUGCAGACUGCCCCUUAUCUCAGUUUCUUUGACAGACUUGCAUUUUAGCCAAUCAAUGCUGACUCAUAAAUAACUCCACGGGCAUGAGCACAAUGCUAUCUAUAUGACAAAAAUGAGCUAACACCCUCUAGAUGUGAAAAAUGUCAAAAUGCAUUCAGAUAAGAGGCGGCCUUCAAGGUCUUAGAAAUUAGCAUAUGAGCCUACCUAGGUUUAGCUUUCAACUAAGAAUACCAAGAGAACAAAGCAAAUUUGAUGAUAAAGUAAAUUGGAAAGUUGAUUAAAAUUGAAUACCCUAUCUGAAUCAAGAACGUUUGAUUUUGACUAGAUUGUCCCUUUAAAUUGCCUUCCCAUUUAUUCUUUAUACUCCUAUGUGAAACUGUAUAAUAAAAAAAAUGUGUUAAAGGAA